UAAGCAUGCAAGAUAGCCGGCAAAUCUAUGCUCUCCAACGCCCCUUGAUCAACCCCACAAUUCAUUUUGCUCUUUAAACGACCGGUUUUUCUUCCAGUGGCAGCUUGAGGGAAACAUCACAUACUGUACCAUGUGUCAGGGAAUCACAUGGUUCUAGCCAACUUUGGCUUGCAUAUCAUAACACUUCAUUUGGCAUCACAACACACGCAUUUCUCGGCAUCUCGAUUACUCUUUGUCUUGUCACCUUAGGUGAGACUCACGGACAACAAUAAUAAUUGUCAUAUUACUUGCUUUUCCACAUUUCUCAAUGGCAGGCACUGUCAUUAUCACAGGAGCAAAUGGCUCCCUCGCCAUUCCAGCCGUAGGAUAUCUUCUCCACCACUAUCCCAAUACUACACUGAUCUUGACGGUCCGAAACGACGCCGACUCAGAUCCGAACACCGUCAAGCUCCGGAAGACAGUCACUCAGUUCCCCAAUUCAAAAACCCAUAUCACCCCACUCGACCUCUCCCAUCUCAACAGCGUUCACGAAUUCACGCAACAAGUGGCUUCCUCAAUCAAAGCAGGGGAAUACCCCCCUCUCAGCGCUAUAAUCUGCAAUGCGUACUAUUGGAAUCUCGUGAGCGAUAUUGAACUCACGGAUGAUGGGUUUGAGAAGACUUUACAGGUACGAUUUUCUUACUCCUGGAGACCACGAUUGCUAACCCAUUCUCAUUCCAAAAUAGGUAAACCACAUUGCACAUGUUGCAAUUAUCCUCAAUUUAGUAAACAGUUUUGGGCCGGCAGGAGGAAGAAUCAUUCUCUUCUCAAGUGAUGCACACUAUCCGGGCAAGAACGCGCUGGAGAAAUACCCUCCUUCCCUACCGGACAAUCUGGAGCUACUUGCUAAACCGGAGAAGAGCCCAAAAACAAAAGAAGGACUGGGUUUCCAAAGAUAUGCAAACUCCAAGUUAGCAAUCACAUCAUGGAGCUACGCACUCAACAAACAUUUACAAAAAGUAAGCAUCCCUUUCUUGAAACCCAUUCACAAACAAACUAAAUUCUAUCCUAGUCCCCAAAUCUCAAAGCCAUAACAGCUAUAGCUCUCAAUCCAGGUAACCUCACCGACUCCCGCUCCUUGAGAACAAAUACCCCCAAAAAGCUGGCUGUUAUGCAGCGCUUCAUGCUACAACCAUUGGGACCAAUAUUCUCCCUCUUGAUGCCGAUGAUGCGAACCUCGGCGAAGGCGGCGGCGGAUGUCGUAGAUCUGGCGAUGAGUCCUAAGUAUGCAGGAGAACAAGGAUUUUUCACUUUGAACAAAAAGGAUGAAAGCUCCCCAGAGAGCCGGGAUGAAUCCAAGCAGGAGAAGCUUUGGGGAAAAAGCGCUGAGUGGGCGGGUAUUCAGGGGGACGUACUAGGUUAG